AUGGCUAUUUUGAGAAAUCAGUGGAAGUUGACUGGAGAUUGUCAUUUAAUUCCUUUGGGUAAAGGUUUUUUCAUUAUCAAAUUAUCUAAUGAAGUUGAUCAAAAUUAUAUCAGAAAUUAUAGAUGGGAUGUUCAAGAUCACGUGUUGAGAACUCGUAAUUGGAUUCCUAAUUUUAGACCUGAAAAUCAAAGAACUUCUCAUGCUUUGGUAUGGGUUUCUCUACUUGGUUUAAGUUUAGAAUACUGGGAUGAAAAAACUUUGUUCACUAUUUGUGAUGCAAUUGGUAAUCCUGUUAAAGUUGAUGAUACUACUCUCAAGUACUCAAGUGGAUAUGCUGCAAAAGUUUUGGUUGAAGUGAACCUAGCAAAUCCAAUUCCAAACAGGCUAUGGAUUAUUACAAAAUAUGGAAGCUUUUCUCAGGGUGUUGUUCUUAACAAUCUUCCAAAUUUUUUUUCUAAAUGCAAAAUAGUUGGUCAUUUUUUAUCAGAAUGCAGGUUUCAAAAGAAUUCUUCUAUGGAACAUCCCACUGAAUCUCCUACAGAGAGUGUGGAGAAACCAAUUGAUAAGCCUCAGGUGAACAAUGUUCAAGAACCUUUUGAUAUUUGUCCUCCUCCAGUAGCACCCAACAUUGUUAAUCCUGCAUCUGAUAAUGAAACUCUCAUAACAAAUGAAAGAUUUAGUUCUUUACAAGAUGAAGAAAUGAUUGUGGAGGAAGCUAGUGGUGAAAAAUAA